UAAUAAAAUUUGAAAUAAAUAGUACUUCGUAGAAAAAUCAUAGUAUACAUUCCUAGUUUACCUACAAUAAUAGCGGGAAAAAUCUCACUACCAAUCUACCAUUCAUUCUUGAAUAUCUUCCCAGUUUUCGUCACACACAACCUAAUUCAAAGUGAAAUUUUUGCAAGAUGAGUUGGUGGGAAAACGCUGAUGGUGAAAUUAGGGUUCUAAUUGCCCCAGACAGUGGUACAUCUGGGACAGCUGCUGGAAAUCUGCUCUCUCUAUGCCAUCCUAAAUCUGGAAUUGCAACUGAUUAUCUCUUUAUCAAUGAGGGUCUUCAUGAACUUCAAUGGUUUAAGAAAUCUCAUAUCUCCUGGUUUUUAGGAGAUUAUGUCUGCGAAGAUGGAAGCUUAUAUUUAUCCACACCUGUUGAUCCUGUUUUCAUCAUGCUACCCAUAUUUGUGGAUGCUCGAAUGAAGAAGGGGGAAGAGCCAGGAAAAUUCAGACAAUUAGAUGAAAUAUUGUAUAUUGAAGGCUAUCCGGGAUAUCAACAUCUAUUACCAGUUCUUGAGAAAUCUAUGGGAAUUGUUUGUGAAGUAAAAGAAAUUGGAUCAACAAAGUUCUUUAGGCUUGAUGAUUCCAAGGUUUUAGCUUGGUUGUGUGCAAAGGUUGAUCGAUUAAAACAGACUUUACUCACACUGGACAAGAAUUAUGCUGCUCAGGAUGAGAAGCAUACAUUGAUUGAAGCUGUGUCGAUAGUGAGAGAGUAUAUGAGAGACGAGCCUUGGGUUGAACUUUUGUGCAAUCAUUUGAGAUUGAAUCUACAAGAUUUGACAAUAAGAGCAGAUGAUAAUUGUUUAUCAGCGCCAGAUGAUAUGCCUCAACGCUCGGUUCAGGAGAAUGGAGGAGGCGAAUCAACUAACAGAAAAACAGCCAAGACAACGAGACAAGCAAAAAAGGUUAAGGUCGAAAAAGAUUCACAUAACAUAAAAGACAUGUUUUCUAGAGCAACAAGGAGCAGAACAAAGGGACCUUAAUUUAGGCUAUCUUUUAUAACUAUUCUUUAGAGAAAUUGUCGAUUUUUCUGAGCAUAUGCUUUAACAGAAUUCUGGAGUAAAUCAGACUUGUAGUGGCCUUCAAUAUUCUAUUAGUGAUAGUCCAGUGUUGUAUCUUCUGAUUCUUCAUAGAUUGCUUUUCUUUCUUCC